AUGCCGCCAACAACGAGAUCCGGUGCUCAUACCAAAGCGACGUCUCCGAAGAAGCCUGUUGUUACCGUCGAGACGCUGCCUGUCGAAUACGACAAUGAGACAUACUACUCUUCGUCAUCUACCUCCUCCAGAUCCCCUUCUGUCUCCGCAGAAAGCACUGUCAAGGAGACCCAAGAUGUGGUGUAUCCACCAUUCAACCUGAACCCCAUAUACGCCAACAACCUGCGGAAGCCCGUCAAGUUCGGCGGCUUGAAUACACCGCUAGACCCUCGUCAUGCAGUGGCUUCUGAACGUGAGCUCGCGGGAUCGCAAACCUGGCAGUCUACCCUUGAGGCGUCCUUCCCGCAGCCUAAAUCCCAGACUCCGUCCCAAAGCGUGUCUCAUCCAGCCGAGUCUCCAAACGCAGCACCUCACGCUCCUACAAAACUCGCUCAAGGAACCGCGCAUGGAUCAUGCUAG